AAUCCAAUCCCAUUUACUCACUCCCUUAAUUUCUCAUCUUCUUUUCUUCUUCUUCUUCUUCUUGUUUUGCAUUUGCAGAUUGUAAUAACAUGUUUUCGGCUGCUGCUGCUGCUCUGAAUGGCUCUGGUGCGAGUCUUGGGGCAUUGUCGAAUUUAGGGAAUUCUUGUACUAGUAAAUUGGUCCAUUCUGCUUCUUCUUCUUCUUCGUUUUCUGGGCUUGUUUCUGCGAACAGGCGUGACAAUGGAUUCGCAGCGGGGGCGUCGAACGAGACGCUGACGGGGGUGGUGUUUCAGCCAUUCGAGGAAGUUAAGAAAGAUGAGGUUAUGGUCCCUAUUACGCUUGACCAGUCGCUUGCGAGACAGAGGUUUGCGCCUGACUGUGAGGCCGCCAUUAAUGAGCAGAUCAACGUGGAGUAUUGUGUAUCGUAUGCAUACCAUUCCAUGUACUCCUACUUCGACAGGGACAAUGUUGCUCUGAAAGGCCUUGCCAAGUUUUUCAAGGCGGCGAGCCAAGAAGAAAGAGAACAUGCUGAAAUGCUUAUGGAAUACCAGGAGAAGCGUGGAGGGAAGGUGAAGCUACAGAGUUUACAAGCACCGCCUUCAGAGUUCGAUCAUGUCGACAAAGGAGAUGCUCUGUAUGCAAUGGAGCUCGCGUUGAGUUUGGAGAAGUUAACCAACGAAAAACUUUUGAAACUUCACGCGGUUGCUGACGAAAACAACGAUCCUCAGCUUGCAGACUUCGUCGAAAGCGAAUUCUUGGGAGAACAGGUCGACGCCAUCAAGAAGAUAUCGGAGUACGUUUCUCAGCUUAGGAGGGUUGGAAAGGGACAUGGAGUUUGGCACUUUGAUCAGAUGCUUCUUCAAGAAAUCGAUGCUGCUGCUGCUGCGGCUGCUGUGUAACAAAUGAUUGAAUUUAUGAAUGCAUCUGCAUCCUAUUCAGACACUGCUAGAUUGAAUUCGCGCUUUCGAACUCAGGAAAUAAAAGUAGUUAUCGACUCUUUCCAUCAGCAUUUCGACACAUAUGAUUCUGAGAAUAUAUUCCAAUAACUUGCAUUAGUGUUGCAAGGGACAUCCAUGUUCAAAAGUUACACCAAUUUGCAUAAUCAUUUCAUCAAAUAAUCGAAUACUAAUAUGCUCAAAGCAGUUCCAUAA